AACAUUUCUGUCUCCUACACUAAACUUUUGUGCAAGUAGGAGAACUAGUUUUUACAGAUUGCGUAUGUAACAGUUACUUUUUAGCUAGCAGCAGUACUGGUUUUUAUGUGAAACCAAAGCGUAAGUAAAGUACUUAAGUACAGAAGCAAUCAAACACAAAUACUAUCAUUAGUAAAGAGUCAAGGUGCGCCAAAAUUUGAGUGGGACAUGCUAACUAUUACCAAAUUGUAUGGUUUUGGACCUUUUGGUAGAUGGUAUGGUACAUAUAUUAGUUUUGAAUUCAGCUUUAGAUAUGAUUAAUUAUAAUCUAACUACACUUUCUCAACCAAAAUAUAACAUGCAACCGCACGUCAACUUAUAAAAACAUUAAAUCAAGAAUAUAAUAAAAGGUUAGUGGAGUAACUAAAUUUUAAAUAUUUUCUUAGUGUGAAUCUGAAAUGAUUAUCAUGGAUGAUGAUAAAUAGACAAUAAUUUCUUAGGAUAGUUUUCAUGCAAAGAAAUAGUAAAAACCACGUGAUUAUAGUUGGCUAGAAAAUUAGAACAUCCAUAUAGCUUUCAGCUGAAAAAAUCAUUCUCUAGUUUAAACAGAAAAACAAGAAGAAAGGACUGCACGAGCUACAAAACCAACAGUCCCAACAGCUUUGUUUCAAUUUAAUUCCAACCACCGAAUCUUAUAUCCUCCACAGCAAAGCCUACAAACAUGAGUCCAUAACAUGCUUGUAAGGUUUUAACACAAUAAAAAGGGUCACCAUCCAGUUUCAUACACAUAGCUCUAUUAGUUGAGUGAAGAAUUCCUCCUAAUUAUAUUUAGAAACUAUGAAUAUAUCAGAGUUCAAGUUGAAAAGCAAUCUAAGCAUAUGGAGUAUAUGAGAGUAUCUAUAUUGUUAAAGAAAUAGAAAUCAAAAAGCUUAUGUAUAGAGUUGCUCUUAUCAGCACCAUCAAAAAAAUACUAGUUCAGAUAUAGACAAAAAAUAAAGUGGCAACUUCGAGGAGAUAUCCCAAGUUUUUUGAUGUAGUUUAAUAACUAAAUAAUCAUUCAGUAUGAAUGAUUAACAUCAUAUUGAAUUUUAUCUAGAUUAUUUAACUAUUGUCAAAUUUAAAGAUAACACAAGCGCAACUGUAAGAAGAAAGACAAUCUAUUAGAGUAAUAUUUUACAUGUUUAAGAAGCAUGUAAAAUUAGUGAAUUGGCAUGUUUAAGAAAUAAGAACCCUUUUGAACUGCGAUUUCAUUGUGGUUUUAGAAAAUUUUAAAACACAAUGGUUGUGGAAACAAGACAUGUUUGUAAGCCCAUAAUUUUUUAUCCCGAGAGUCAAAUCAACCAUUGCAAUUUGGCCCAUAGACUGGUAGACAUAUGCCCAACGCUGAAAAGAGUAUUGAUGGAAACCCAACAGUAUUGACUAUAUAAUUCUCCUUCUUGAUAUGAAGGACCUUGGGGGUGGGUGUACAACUGUACAUUUUAAAUUAGGUUAGAUGAAGAUUAGUUACGGUUAAAUAGUUCGACCAGAAGCCAUUUAAUGAAUUCGUACUAAUAUUAAAGAAAAAGUUGAUUAAUUUAAAAGUCCGAGUUAGAGUUUGGGAUCCACCAUCCUUGCUAUAAUAUUACAGUGUCCAUUAUUUAUUAAUUCAUCACAAAAUGUCGCAAGAAAAAUAUUAAAAAAAUAUCUCCAGGAAUGUUAAAUACGUAUUAACAAUCCGAACUAGUUUCAAUACGCAUUCAAAAAUUAUAGAUUGGAUAUCUAUCUUGUUCAAUCUAUAAACUUUUUCCAUUUUAUUGGAAGUAUCAUAUGAUCAAGUUAUCAACAAAAGUCCAAAGAAUAUCGUUCAAAAAAAAAAAAAAAAAAAACAAAAGUCCAAAGAAAACAUUAUUCAAUUCUACUACUUUGAUAGAAUAUCAUUUACCGAGUGUGACAAUCUACUUUUGUAUUGUUAGCUACGAUUACAAUUAAUCACACAAACUUUAAAUAUCCCCUUCAUCAGUUUUGUCCAUAGUGUGAAACUUAUUGUAAAAAUUAGCGUCUGUAUCUUUUAUUUCAUUUUUCUAUCAAAAAUGUUUCAGACCGUUUUUUGUCCCUUCAGACCAAACAUCAGAACAGGUUCAGAUCGUUUUUCCUAUCCUCUCCACCAGUGAUACUGGAACCUAAUAACUUAAAGCACACUUUCCUUGAAAAGUGUUUAGUACCAAUAAAGCUAUUGAAGUUUGCUUACUCCUCGCUGUAUAUAUAUGUUAACCAAUCUGAACUUUUCAACUGCUCAUUCAGAUUUUUCACCGCUGAUAGUAAAUCAUGGAAGACAGCUUUAAUUCGAAGUGUGUCUGUAUUGAACAAAAACACGAAUUUAUGUACGUAUUAACGUAUGUAACUUUAAUACGUGUGUAUUAUGAGAAGGCAACAUAUACAUUCAUUUUUUCUCAAUAGAAAAAAAAAACACAAUACAUUACUUUUGUCUGUAGGUACUAGGUAACAUAACAAAUUAUGAACUGCUCAUCGGAUGGUUUACACAAAUAGUAAGAACUAAUAUUGUUAAAGCAAUAAAAAAAGAAACUAUUGACAUUAAGUUGGUAAUAAAAGUUAUAUUUCUUUUUUAGUUUCGUUAUGACAAAAUCCGAGAAUGUCGGCUUGAUUAAACAUUGGUGUUUUCUGCACUAUCAUUUUUAUAUUUUGUUACAAAAAGAAAAAGCUGAGGCUGUUAUUUAUGUGCACACGUGUGGAUCAAAUACUGGCACCACCUUUAUUUAUAACUUCAGUUACAGUAAGUGCCUAACCAUAUAGGACUAAAAACAUCAUUCCAAAUGUUGGUGUAUACAUUUAAUCUAGCAUAAAGUCUAAAUAGUUCUUGAUCUAUUGUGGGUUUAACCUUAAAUGAACGUUGAAAUAUCUACCGCCUUCACCACCCGACCCAACGAUAUUUAUUUGGCUUUUAUUUUACAUAUAUGGUUGGAAAAUUGAUAAAUGACAAAAUUGACUUAAAGUGGAAGAUAAACAAAUGGUGCACCGGUCAACUAAGCUGAAUAUCUGACGUGACCUCGUCGCUAUGUUACUUACAUCCAACAAAGAUAGGUUAAAAAUCAGUUUUGUGUGAAAUAAGUUUUUUUUUUCUUAUAUUUUGGGUAACUCAGUUUACAAGUGUAGUUGAGAUCAGACCGUAAAUCAAGACUCUAUGUUUUGUUUAUGUUGAAUGCAUAUGAUUUUAAAAUCGUUCCUUGCUUAUGUUGUCAUAUAGUACAUCAGUACAUUGUCAACCAAUAUACUCCACCAAUACACCUUUAUAUAUAAGCGCUGAGAUAAAAAAAUUUGUGGGUAUCAAAACUUAGGCAUGAUCAGUCCUUGUAUGGCCAUGAAAGUUACGUUAGACAAAUGAAAGUUCAAGUCGUGUAUAAACUAGAGUCAUUCAGAAAAAGUAAAGAAGUUGUGUUGAUAAAUGAAGCAUUAGAUAUCUACUGAUGUUACGGAGGCUUGAGGAACAAAUAGUGGGCUCAAAACAUCUUGAUUAUAGAUCAUAGACGAAAAGGUCAAUUUACAAACAAAAGAGAAAAUUCAACGUGAAGCUCUAUAUAAAUAGUUAGUUGGAGACAUAAAACAGUAACAUCAGACGCUAACCCGUCUGAUUUGUCUCUAUCUCUCUUCUGGUUGUCCGAGUUCUUAGAGAUAAACUAAGAACCCUAAAAACGAAGAAAGAUUGAAGAAAAAAUUAAAAAGAUGGUACACUCGAGAAAGUUUCGAGGUGUUCGCCAACGCCAAUGGGGUUCUUGGGUCUCUGAGAUUCGCCAUCCUCUACUGAAAAGAAGAGUGUGGCUUGGAACAUUCGAAACAGCAGAAGCGGCUGCGAGGGCUUACGACCAAGCAGCUCUUCUAAUGAACGGCCAAAACGCUAAGACUAAUUUCCCGGUCGUUAAAUCGGAGCAACAAGGCUCAGACAAUGAUCACGACCCUAACUCACCUUUGAUGUCUACAAAGUCGUUAUCUGAGCUCUUGAACGCUAAGCUAAGGAAGAGCUGCAAAGACCUAACGCCAUCACUAACGUGUCUCCGUCUAGACACAGACAGUUCCCACAUUGGAGUCUGGCAGAAACGGGCCGGGUCGAAAACGAGUCCCAACUGGGUCAUGCGUCUCGAACUCGGGAACGUAGUCAAUGAAAGUGCCCAUGAGUUGGGGAUGAAGAAACAAGACGUGGAGAAAGCAGAAGACGUAGAAGAAGAAGCUAAUGUUGAUGAGGAUCAGUUAGCUAUGGAAAUGAUCGAGGAGUUGCUGAACUGGAGUUGACUUUUUACCUUACCGGAUGAAAGUCUAAAGAAGAAUAAUGGUGGGUUUUUUUUUCACAAGCUUGAUUUUCGGAUUUUUUAUAUUCUUUCCACAGUUUAUAGUGUGAUUAAGAUGGAUCUAUCAAUCCAUAAUACAUGUAACAAAAUUGUUUAAAAAUACGUGUAAAAAUGUAUUAUAUACACACACAUGGGGUUGGUGUAUAUUAAGAUUUGGGGUCUAUAUCGAUAAAUCUCCUUGUAUCAUUGAAUGAAUGGGACUAAAUGUCAAUUUACUGUUA